AUGGAAACAAAAAUCAACAAUCUUGCACUAACCAUUUCUGAACCUCCAGAAAAAUGCACAACUAUGGUUACUAAUGAAGAGCUACUAUCGCCACAGACAACGAAAAAAAGCAUUCCUGAUCGUGGUCAGUGGAGUGGCCCAUUUGAUUUUAUUAUGUCGAUGAUUGCUUAUACCGUUGGAUUAGGAAAUGUGUGGAGGUUUCCAUAUCUUUGUUAUAAAAAUGGUGGAGUUCCAAUUUUUCUUAUGGAAGUUACGAUAGGUCAAUACAUUCAACGUGGCGCUAUGCAAAUGUGGAAGAUGUGCCCAGUUUUUAAAGGUGUUGGCAUAGGUAAUGUGGUAAUUGCAUUUAUGUGCAUUUCAUAUUUUUGUGUUAUUGUUAGUUGGGCAAUUUUUUAUAUGUUUAAUUCAUUAUCGAGUACUUUUCCUUGGGAAACUUGUGGCAAUUGGUGGAACGAUGAAUGGUGUGUAGAUUUACAAGUAAAAUCAACCACAUUACUUAAUGCUACCGACAGCCAUAAAACUGAAACAAGUAUUGAACAAUUUUGGGAGCGCCGUGUUCUUAAACAAACUACUACAAUUUUCGAUUUUGGAGGUAUACAAUGGGAACUACUUCUGAUCAUGUUUUUCACCUGGAUUAUUGUUUAUCUUGCUCUACGUGAAGGGAUUACUAAGGCAAGAAAGUUUGUGUUUUUCUGCGCCGUAACUCCAUAUAUCUUGUUAGCUGUCUUGUUGGUCCGUGGCUUAACUCUUCCAGGAGCAUUCAGCGGCAUCUCUUUUUACUUAACGCCCAAUAUGACGAAACUUCUGGAGCCUACGGUAUGGAAGGAUGCUGGGACACAGGUACUAAGUUUUUUUGUUGAUGUUUAA